UGGAGUCCUACUUGUCUCUGCAGCAGCGGCGCCAUGUUGGGAGGCUUGGGGAAGCUGGCGGCCGAGGGCUUGGCCCACCGCACCGAGAAGGCCACCGAGGGGGCAGUCCACGCCGUGGAGGAGGUGGUGAAGGAGGUGGUAGAGCACGCCAAGGAAGCCGGGGAGAAAGCCAUCGCUGAUGCCUUCAAGAGAGCCCAGGAGUCAGGGGACAAAGUGGUGAAGGAAGUCACAGAGAAGGUGACCCACACUGUCACCGAUGCCGUCACCCAUGCAGCAGAGGGCCUGGGCCGACUGGGACAGUGACCUCCUGCCUGAUGGGCCCAGGAAAUAGCUCAGUGGCUCAGUGCUGGCCCAGCAGGUGCCAUGUCAUGAAUUUGAUCCUCAUCCAUUAUAAUAAAGGCCUGUUAGGUGUGUACAGA